GACGUGAAAAGAAACCAUUACAGGCUUUUCCUUAUCAGCAUUGUUGUUAGGGUUACUCCGUGCCGAGGCAGGAGAAACUUUCUGUUGACAUUUCGACUUUUUGCCCGUCCGAGAGAAGGAGGUGUUUGUUGUGGGGGGGUGUUGCACACGUUUAUGUUCACCAUCCCUCUCAGGCACUGCUACACUGCGUCCCCACCCGGCGCCUUUCCCGCGGUUCCCCGCAGUCCCGGAGCGGCUCCGAUCCCUCUCCCAGCCGCCUCUAGCCGUGACCAUCCCAGCCGGGCCCCGCCGAGCCCGAGGAGAGGGAAAAUGCGCCAGCAGGAAUGACGCUCUCCCUGCCCAUCGCUCUUCCGACGCCUCGCACGGAGGUGAUGAUGCUGGGCAGCCCGCGGGUGGCCGAGCUGCUGCUGCGGCACGGAGCCGACCCCAACCGCCCCGACCCGCGCACCGGCUGCCUCCCGGUGCACGACGCUGCCCGCGCCGGCUUUCUGGGGACGCUGGCGGCGCUGCACCGGGCCGGGGCGCGCCUCGACCUCCCCGACGGCCGCGGCCGCCUGCCCCUCGACGUGGCGGCGGGGGGCCCGCACGGAGCGGUGGGGCGGUACCUGCGCGACCCUCCGCCCCUUCCGGGAGCAGGGGGGGCCGCCGAGAAGGCUGCGCGCUGACCCGCCCCCGGCCGUCCCGCCGAGUCCUUGUCCCCGCGCUCCCUGCAGCCCACCUCCCCCGCGAGCAUCCCAGCCGCCGAGUCAUCAGCGAGCCAUUGCGGAUGGCGGCGCUCCCGAUGUCCGUCUGCUGGGAAAAGUGCUCCUUUGUCCUGUUAUCUCCAGGGCUCCUCCCGUGCAUCCCGGGCACUCCGGCUCCCGCCCCUGCGAGAAUACACGUGCCGAGAUUUUCUCUAUUUCCUGAAAUAAAGAGGGAAAAAAAAAUCCAAAACACAAUCAAGACUAGCUCUCCUGCUUUUCCCUCUCAUGUUCUUCGGCGGGCAGAGCACAGGUGUCAGACGGUCCUUUUGAGCUCUACUGGGAAAAAAAAAAAAAGUUCGUCUUUUCCUCUUUUUUUUUUUUUUUUUUUUUUUUUUUACAAUAAAGCUGCUUAGAGAAGUGACAACGCUAUGUUUCCCUUACCGGCUUGCUCACUGCUCACUGCCCUGCAAAGCUUUGUAUUUUAGUUAUUCCUUAAGAACCUUUUGUGUUGUUGCACUCCAAUGUAGUGAACACUUUAGCCAUAUAAUUCAUAAAUUUAAUUAAUCCCCAGAGCUUCUUCCCUCACCAGCCCACUUAACGUACAGUUUUAACACCAAGAUGUAACAGUGAUUGAAUAGUAAAAAUUUCAACACUGAUCAGCAUUACAGUGUGGGAACUGCCAACAUUUCAUGUAGCUGUAUUUAUGGAAAUUCGUGAGAGAAAUAAUUGGCAAAUAGUUACUGCAUAGUUUUUUGCAUUUGGAGACCCCAUUUGCUCAGAAGAUACAGACAACGAGCUUUUCAUUUUUAAAACAGCUUUCUGGGUCUCUAAACCAGAUAUUUGGAAACCACAACAAAUUACCGAAUUUGGUUAUAAAUCUGGAUUUUUGCACACUUUUUUGUUUCUGUUUUCUGUUUUUCCUGUGUAAUUUCUAUCAUCUACCCGAUGUUCAUGUUACAUGUGAUUAAAUACCUGCUACUUUUCAGUAAUAAAACAUGAAAAAGA